CAUACCAGUCAGGACGUGGAACGAAAAAAGUAGCGAUGUUUUGCACUAAAUACCUCGGGUGCGUUGUUCUAGUAGGAAUCGUUUUAUUAUAUACGAUUUCAAUCAGUUCUGCAGCUCAAUAUACCAUCUCACCGAUAGUUAACAGAAAUGGAUCUGUAGUGAAUAAUAUCGUAUCUAAGUUUCUUUCUGAAUCGCAAGUGGAACUGAACGAAACGUUUUCGAUAUUUUCUACAAAAUCGUUCAGGCUAUCGGUGGAAGAUGAAAAUAUUAUUAUAGCCAAGGUCAAAGUUGAUAGAAAAUCUUACAUUCACAUUGCAAUUGCUAAUGCUUUUCGUUCCACACCUAUGUAUCUGACUUCGAUUGAUGGAUUGUCAAAACAAAGAGAUAUAAAAACUUACACCUUGGACAUCGUUGCUAAGCUGUCUCCACCAUAAUCUCAAGAAGAAAAUGUUGGAAUAAAUUUGUAUUUGUUUAUACGGUUUUUACUGUGUAGUAGUUGUUAAACGUAUUUUUAUUACGUUUUUUUGUUUGUACGUGAAUUGAAGCGGUAAUAAAAUAAAUUAUAACGUUUGUUCAUUUCGCACUGCAACAAGAAGUUACGUAGGCAAAAUACGGAAUAAAUCACACGUUGCAAGUUGA